CAUCUUUUACUAACUUAAAAAAAGUUACUUUCUAUAUUGAUCUCUUAUAAAAAUAAACAGAACAAAAUUAAUGUUCUUAAAAAUAUGAAAUGAGAAAAUGGCAGAUAUUUUAAAACCAUUUGUGUAUUGGGCUCAAACAGAACAACAAAUUACAUUAAAGGUAGACCUGACUGAUGCUUGGAAAAGUGAUUAUAAAGUAACAGCUCGGCAAGUUGAUUUUACAUUGGGAAAAAAAUGUCCUGCUUGGUGGCCAAGAUUAACCAGUCAACCACAAAAGCCUUCAUGGUUAAAAAUAGAUUUUGAUAAAUGGACAAGUGAAGAUUUAGAUGAUAAUGAAGAUGAGAAGCGGGAUGUAUGCAGUGAUUAUCCUGACAUGUAUGACAAACUUCAUAAAGAAGAAUUUGGUUACAGAAAAGAAGAUUUCAAGAAGGUAUAUUUAAUUAUUUAUAAUCUUUGUCAAUUUGUUGGUUUUAUCUACAUCCUUACUGUAAUGGGAAUUAUGUAUUCACGAGAUGGGCCAGCUUCUAUGAAAGAAACAUAUACAGCUGUUGGAAAUGCAAUGAAGUUUAUACAACUUAUACAAUUCUUAGAAGUUAUGCAUUCAUUAUUUGGUUACACUAAAAGUAGUACACUUCUGACAUUUGUUCAAGUAGGGGGUAGAGCAUUCAUUUUAUUUUGUUUGAUUGAAGCCGAACCACGUAUGCAAACAAAACCAGUCAUUUUUUAUCUUUUUCUGGUUUGGAGUACAGUAGAGGUAUUUAGAUAUCCUUAUUACAUCACGCAAUUACUUAAAGUAGAGAUUUCAUUUUUAACAUGGUUAAGGUAUACAAUAUGGAUGCCUUUAUAUCCAUUAGGUUUUCUUUGCGAAGGAAUUAUAAUAUUAAGAAAUAUUCCGUAUUUUGAGGAGUCACAAAAGUUUACUAUUUAUUUACCAAAUUCGUGGAAUUUUGCAUUUCAUUUUCCAUCAUUUUUAAAGAUAUACUUAUUAAUAUUUUGUCUACCAUUUAUGUACAUGUUAAUGUCUCGUAUGAAUGAAGCACGCUAUAAAAAGUUGGGUAAAUCUAAACUGAAAAAGAAAUAUGCAUGA